CGUAUUGUUUUGAUUUCAACAAGACGUGGUUUUCGGCCUUGGUUUUCGGCGGCUCUCGAUUUUUGAGUUGAGUUUAUUGCGUGUUUAUAUUGCUUUGGGAUGAACUUGGAUGAUCUCCCAGAAUUGUGCAGUAAGGCAGUAAAGGAGGUCGGAAUUCCUGACCUGCUGUCACUGCGGAGUUCGACACUGGGGCAGGACUGCCGCCUUUCAUCUGCAGAGGUUCGCCAAGCCAGGCAACUACUGCUGACCGAAGCACAUAGGGUCCUGGUCCCUAUUUCAGCCCACUCGCUGCAGCUGGAGUCGGAGCGCGCGGACAGCUCUCUGGCUCCUCUGUCCCUCUGCUGUCCGGCGCUGGACGCCCUGCUGUCGGGCGGCGUCCCUCGGCGCGGCCUUACCGAACUGGCCGGCGAGAGCGGCUCCGGCAAGACGCAGCUGUGUCUGCAGCUGGCGCUGGAGGCGGCGCGUGUCACCGGACAGGCGGCAGUGUACAUCUGCACAGAGGACGCUUUCCCCGUGCGGCGCCUGGAGCAGAUGCGGCGCGCGCGCCGGCUGCCUGCCGACGUCACCGACCGCAUCCUCAUCGAACACGUGCCGGACGUGGAGGGUCUGCAGGCGUGCUGUGAGCGGCGCGUGCCGCAGCUGGCCGGCCGGCGGCCGCUCUGCGCGCUCAUUGUCGACUCGGUGGCCGCCCAGUUCCGGUGUCAGUACGAGCAGGGCGAGGGCGGCCGACGCGCUCUGGACCUGCAGAGACUGGGCGCUGCCCUGCGCCGGCUCAGCCGCCAGCACCAUCUGGCCGUGCUCUGUGUAAACCAGGUGACGGCCGUGGUGGCCCCGGACGGCGCGGAGGCCGGUGGCGGCGGCGGCAUUACCCCGGCGCUGGGUCUGGCCUGGUCCAGCCAGCUGACCACGCGACUGACGGCGGCCCGCACCGGCUACAGCCGCGCUGACAGCGUUCCGCCGAGCCGGCUGAUGCAGCUGAGCGUGGCCUCGGCGCCCCACCUGGCGCCCGACACCGUCCACUUCCGAGUGGGGCCUGCCGGUGUGGAGGGCGUCACCGUCACCGAGGCGACGCCCCUGGUGCGUCUAACUGACUGAGCAGUCACCGUCACAGAGGGGACGCCCCUGGUGCGUCUAACGGACUGACGGAGAGGCGACGCCCCUGGUGCGCCUGGACUGACGGAGAGGCGACGCCUUUGGUGGGCAGAGCCGGAGCGGUCACCGCGACAGAGUGGACCUGACACGCCGGACGUACGCUGGCGUGUUUGCAAUGUUCGACUGUGAUAAUUCUGUAAGACUGCUGUGAGCGACCGAAACGAUCGGGGAGGGGGGGGGGGGUGUUCGUCAGAUAGCUGUGAGCGAGGGUCAGGGAGAGAGGGCAAGUGUUUGUUAGACUACUGUGAGCGACUGUGUUUGAUGAACACAUCCUCCCCUAUGACGGAGGGCCAGGGAGGGAGGGUAUGUGUUUGUCAGACUGCUAUGAGCGACCGAAGGCCAGGGAGGGAGGAAUGGAAUGUUUUUGAGUGCCGUGGGCGUCCAAGAUCGUGUGCAUCAACGGAUGCGCUUGCACGGCGUACACAAGACCGCCACUUUAAAUGUCUCUGGUCUGAUUUGCAUCUACAAUAAAAUGUCUGAUAUA